AUGUUCGCCGCCGCCGCCGCCGCCACCGCCUUCUCUUCACUAGCGACCUGGCAGCGGCGGCUCCUUCCGCAGCGGCGGCCCCACAGCAACGGUGGCGGCGGCGCCCCCUCCCCUCCGCGGCUCGGCCCCCUCCUCUCACACUCCGACAACGCGAGCAGCGGCGGCGGGCGGGGCUGUGUGGCAAGGCGGCCGCCUCCUCAGGAGCACCCGGCGAGGGGCGACAGGAGAGAAGCCCUCACGCUUUCGUCGGUGCUGCUGCUGGUGCUGCCACCACUGCCGCCGCCGCCGGGAAUCACACGGGGAGGGAGCUGGGCGGGCGCCCGACCGGGACACCCAGGCGGGGGUCGAGAAGGUGGUUUCUCCCCCGCCCUCGGGCAAGCGGCGAGGGAGGAGGCUGCCGUCAAGCUGGGUUCGCGACCGGCUGGGGGGAUCGAUGACUCGGCCGGUGGGCACGGCCACCUGGAGAAGGCGGGGGCAGCCGCGGAAACAGCUUUUUACAAGGUUGGCUGGGGGCUCUGCUCUGUGCAGCGUCACUCUGGGACCCAGGCUGCCCGGAGAAGCACCAUCUGGAGCAUGGCCAAUCUCUGCGGGAGAGGGAGAGGACAGAGGGGUGACCUGUGCGCUGGCUUCCUCCUGAAAGUGACACAUGGCCCUUGUCUCACAUGGCACUGGACAAAGCAAGUCACAUGGCAGUACGUGACUUCCAAAGGUAACGGACCUGCCUUGGCUGCAACAACCAGUGCUGGACCACCAUCCUACACAGAUACCCCUCUUACCCCACCUUGGCUCUGAAAUCUCCUCUUCCUCCUGCCUGGACUCCAGCAUCUCACACCCCCAUCACCCGACAUGGGGUCUGAAACCCAUGUACCAGGCUGCACCCUCUGCUGAGCCAUCCCCUCAGCAUACGUUGGCUCUGACCCUGAGCCAAGCCGACCCUCUGCAGGGGUCCCUCUGCUCCUGCUUGGGCCCAAUACCCACACAGGGCUCUCUCUCCUGAAGAUGCCCUCCUCACUCCACUUUUCUGGUGCUCUGAUGCUUUAAAGAUUUCUGUUACCGAUGUAUACAAUAUCAAUCUUUCCUCAAACUAGAGAAGUUUGUGCUUUUCUUUUUUUAAAAAUUUUAUGGCCACACCCACAGCAUAUGGAAGUUCCCAGGCCAGGGUUUGAACCUGAGCCAUACCUGUGGCACCACUGGAUCCUUAACCCACUGUGCUGGGCUGGGGAUAGAACAUGUACCUACACAGUGACCUGAUUCUUAACUCACUGACUGCACCACUGCAGAAGCUCCUGUGCCUGCAGUCUUUUUUUUUUUUUUUUUUUUUUUAGGGCCACAUUCCGGCAUAUGGAAGUUCCUAGCCUAGGGGUUCAAUCGGGGAUGCGGCUGCUGGCCACAGCAACAAGGGAUCCAAGCAGAGUCUGGGACCUACAUCACAGCUCACGGCCAUGCUGGAUCCUCAACCCACUGAGUGAGGCCAGGGAUUGAACCCGAGUCUUCAUGGAAACUAGUCAGAUUUGUUUCCACUGCACCAUAACAGGAACUUGCCUGUGCCUGUAUUCUUGAUAGUCCAUCAGUAAUAUCAUGUUUUCAUUUCAAUGAUGAUCUUUAAAAAACUUACAUAAUAAAAUAUAAGCUUAUCUGGGAUGUUCAUUUUAUAAGACAUACUUUUAGUGUAGGUAUUUUAUGCUGAAAAUUGUGUUGGUAUCACCUGGUUGUUAAUGUGGCAGUAUUUAACUUUUAAAGUGUUGGGACUUUAGAUUGGCAUUCCUGACAUCAAGAAACAAAAUGCAUCUUGAUUUCUGUUUGAUAAACAUUAUAUCAAGUUAUCUGACAAAUUACAAGGGUAAAACUGCUUUUCCAGUGAUGAGAUUUAUGUCUUAAUUUAUUUAAUAAAUUAAUUUUGACUUUCCAUCAAUUUUGACUUUCCAUCAUAAAAAUAACCAUGCUGCUUUAAUUGCCACAGGCUAAUGAGAAAAGAACCGGGCUGGCUGACUUAAUACACAAAUGAUGCAUUCAUGCAAAGUGAAGGCCAAAUGAAUCAUGGCACCAGAAUAAAUGAAGCCUUAUAGUAGUUCAAAUACAGGAAAGCGGAGAGAAAAUUGAGUCAUUACAGGUCUCUUGGUACCAUAGGUUGAACUGAAAGGAAGCUAGGCAGAGCAGUCACUUUAUUCGGAUUAUUGGCAGAUGUGUUUGUGUGUGUAUUGUGUGUAUUUAUAUGACAUACUAGCUGGCAAAUAUUCUCCAUGAAGAACUUCAGUUGGGAGCUUUUAAUAAUUAUCAAUAUUAUAUUUUGGAGAAAACCAUUUUAAAAUGAGUUUGGCCAAUUAAAAUAAUCAACUGGUGGUUUCAAAUGAGUAACCUGAUCAGAGGAAAAAUUAUUGUAGUUACAAUGAUUAUGAAUCAAAGGAUUUUCCGUCAUGCUCAAAAUCAAAUAUUUAGGUCAACAAUUGAGACAUUAAAUGCAUAAAAGUGUAAGUUUACACAUUUUAAUUACAUGCAUAUUUACAUGUAUAAAUUGUAAUUUAUAAUUACGUGUAAAUUGUAAUUAAAUCCAACAUUGGCUACUUAA